UUGAGAAUUAGAUUAGACAUCCUCUCUCAUUCUUACCACCAUCAUGAAUGAGAGCCAAGAACCCAAUCCAACAGUAGAUUUCGUCGCUGGCACGAUCGGAGGAGCUGCUAGUCUCGUGGUUGGGUUUCCGUUCGACACAGUGAAAGUCCGCUUCCAGAACCCGGAAUUCGCGCAGAGAUACUCGUCAACUAUGAAUGCGUUUACAACAAUUGUUCGGGAAGAGAGAUUUGUAGGUCUGUUCAAAGGGAUUACAUCUCCGCUCGCUGCAGUUGCCCUUAUGAAUGGCCUUGUUUUCGCUUCCUAUCGUUUUCUUCUGAGUAUCCAGCUCAAUAAUGGCGGUUCCAUGCCUACAAUGUCGCAAAUUGCCUUAGCAGGUGCAGGAUGCGGUGUCAUAUCUUCUAUCAUCACUACCCCAACAGAACUCAUCAAGAUCCGACAACAGUCGCUGGUUACUCCAACAAGUGCUAAACAGGUGGCCUGGGAUAUCUUUAAACGUUCCGGUGUUCGCGGUCUGUACCGAGGCGGAACGUCAACAAUCCUUAGAGAUUCCGGAUAUGGUGCUUAUUUCUGGGCUUACGAAGCAACUUGCAGGUACUUGAAUUCACGUGCAUCAUCUACGGCUCGUUCGUCUGAGACGUCGCUCGUUGUGCAUGAAUUUGAUCAUCAGCCAAAUGUAUCUUCGUGGACGACAUUGCUGACCGCGGGAGCGGUAGCUGGGGUCGCUGGUUGGAUGUUCACCUUCCCAUUCGAUGUGGUGAAGACGCGGAUACAAGGGACCGAGAGCCCUCACUUAACGCAAUCAGCUUCAAUCCGACCUCUCUUGACAUCGUCGCCUGCAUCUCACCUGGGUUUGUCUCAAAUGUAUUCAACGAAAGCUACGCCGAGUUCACAUCACCCAUACCGCACGACUUGGUCUACAAUUGUGAACUCCUACCGCAGCGAAGGAAUGCCGGUGUUCUUUCGAGGGCUUUCACCCACUCUAAUCCGUGCGAUCCCUGUUAAUAUGGCUACAUUUGCAACAUUCGAGGCUGUUGCUCAUGCAUUGUCUUAAAGGAAAUAGGCAUAGAGCACAGUGUUAUAGAUGAUAUCAUCAUGUACAAUCACAUACCAGUACCGUAUUUUCAUAAUUUAUCAUAGUAAUAACAAC